AUGAACUACGACGCUCUCAUCGAAACCAUCGUAGAUGGCGGCUACCUGCCCGAAUUCGUCCUCCGACGAGGGAUUCAAGGCCAACUUCAGCAAAGAAUCAACUUGAUCAAGGCCACCAGCCUUGCCGAGAGCUAUGAGACCAAGAUGAAAUAUGUUGAUCUUCUACGAAGCCGUCCCAUCGCCAUCGAGACUGCCACUGCCAAUGAGCAGCACUAUGAAGUCGGGACAGGUAUCCUAACGACAAUGCUGGGUCCACGGAUGAAGUACAGCAGUUGUCUGUAUCCCAAGGGAACAGAGACUCUGGCUCAGGCGGAGAUAGCUAUGCUGGAGAGCUAUGUCGAGAAGGCCCAGCUGAAGGACGGCAUGAGGAUGUUCGAUCUCGGAUGCGGCUGGGGCUCCCUAAGCCUGUACCUCGCUGAAGUCUUCCCUAACUCAAAGAUCACCGCCUUCUCCAACUCCCGAACCCAGAAACAACACAUCGACAGCCAAGCCGCCAGCAAAAGCCUCACCAACCUGGAAGUCAUCACCGGCGACAUCGCCACCUACGAUUUCCGCUCCACACCCUUGGAAUCCCAAUUCGACCGCGUCCUCUCGAUCGAACUCUUCGAACACAUGAAGAACUACGAACUCCUCCUCGCCAAAGUCGCCACGUUACUCAAACCUCAGGGGAAACUCUUCGUGCACUUGUUCGCGCACAAGACUUCCCCUUACGACUUCGAGUCCGGCUGGAUGACGGACCACUUCUUCACGGGAGGAACCAUGCCCUCGGCCGACCUGCUGCUUUACUUCCAGCGCGACCUCAUUCUCAAGCAGCAAUGGUGGGUCAGUGGGAAACACUACGCCAAGACCUGCAACGACUGGCUGCGAAAGAUGAACAGCAACAAGAAAACCCUCAUGCCGCACUUGGAGGAGACAUACGGAAAGUCGGAGGCGUUGAGAUGGUUCCACCGCUGGCAAGUCUUCUACAUGGCGUGCGCGGAGCUCUUCGCAUGGAACGGAGGGGAGGAAUGGGGUGUGUGCCACUAUCUGUUCGAGAAGCCAUAG